UAAUAUGGCGCCAGUUGUUGAACUCCGAAGUCCCGAUUCUUUCUGAUUUAUUUUCUACAAGGCAACGUCGACGACACCAAAUGGGUCUAUAUGGACUAUAUGCAAUAAGUAUCUGUUACUGCAGAAAAUGCUGAUGAUUCUUUAAACUGAAAAUGAUUCGGAUAGCAGCUCUCAAUGAUUCGAGCAGUGAAGAUGAUAGUCGAGCUCAAAGGAACCCGGCCAGAAGAACUAAGGAGGCAAAGGAGUCUGAAGCUUUCACCUUGUAUGAUGCGGCACUGCGACUACAGAGACAUGGUGAUGUAGAUUUGGCAGAGACUGCGUUCAAGGAUCUACUCAAUCAUGGAUUCCUCAGAGAGACAGCACAAUUGGUUGAUGAUGAAGAAGAAGGGGCAGACCAGGAUGGACUUCGCCUGCUGUACUCCAUUCACAAAAAUCUGGCCAGUAUGGCACUGCAUAGAGGGGACCUACAGUCAGCCAUCUGGUCCUAUGUAGAGGCAGUAAAAAUUGACACAACAGAAGUGACAGUCUGGUACAAGAUUGGAACCAUUGCUCUCAAGAUUUACAACUUCCCACUUGCCAGACUGGGCUUUGAAAAGGGACUACACUGUAAUCCUAACCACUGGCCAUGCCUGGACCAUGUUAUUACACUACUGUAUGCCAUGAACGAUUACUGGAAUUGUCUGUACUACAUCUCACGAGCUCUAGAGAAGGAUUCGGAGUACACCAAGGGUCUGGUGCUCAGGAAGCAAAUUUUUAAAGAGCACCCAUCUCUAAAAUAUGACACAGAUGAAAUGUUUGAAAAGUGUGAUCCAGUUAUCAUGCUAGCUAAAGUGGACCCAUCAGAGUCAGAGGAGUAUAUCAACGAGGCACUAGAUUUAAGAGACAGACGAAGAGAAUUGGCCAAGGAACCUGAGCCUCUCCCCAUCAAACUCACAAAACCAAUCACUCAUUUUACAUGGAAGAACUUGGGAGAAAGUCUUGUGGAACUGUAUGAUAGGGCCAAACACUCAGAUCCUCCUUUGAGCCUGGGACUACGAGUUGACCUGUCAGAGUACAGUAACUGUACAGAUAGACCUACUGUUAUACCUGGUGUAUGUAAAUCACCUAUUGUACAGGAGGCGUCGGAUAAUUCAGGUGAAAUGGAAGUUGACUCUGUUACUGUGGAUACCAAUGAAACAAAAUCUAAAGAGGAUAAAAACAGGGAUGAAAAUAAUACAUUAGAACAUGAUGUCCAGAUGAUAACAGAGGAUCCAACUGCUCCGUUAGAUUCUCAAAGAGAAAAAGAUCAUGAUGCCAUGGAUAUUGGUGAUGCACAAGAUCAAAUAAAAUCUAUUUCCUCUCUGAUGCCAUCCGCUUCAUUUGCGAUAAUAUUACCAUCAUCCCCACUGUCAACAGCUGUUGUGAGUCAGGCAAAUAUAACAGAUUCACCUAUACCAACAGUUGAUGUGAGUCAGGUAAACAAAACAGAUUCAGCUAUACCAACAGUUGAUGUGAGUCAGGCUAACAAAACAGAUUCAGCUACACUAACAGUUGAUGUGAGUCGGGCAAACAAAACAGAUUCAGCUAUACUAACAGUUGAUGUGAGUCGGGCAAACAAAGCAGAUUCAGCUAUACCAACAGUUGAUGUGAGUCGGGCAAACAAAACAGAUUCCCCUAUAGUACCAGCUGAUGUUGAGAUGCCACUUGAGACUGUCCCCAAGUCUCUGCAGGCAGUGCCAAGUAAUUAUCCAUCAACAACUGUCUCUGAGUCUCGAGAAUUCUUCAGUGAAAAGGAGCCUCCUCUGACACUCAAUAAAGAAAAACAGCCACUCACACGUUCUCUCACUGAACUAGAGCACUCGUCUGAUCUUUCCGAGCUGCAAGAAACUCUUGUUUUAAGAUUGUCACCAAUAAACACUUCGCCGGAAAUUCCAAGCAAGGUUUCACAGUUUUCAGAUGUGUCUGAGCCACCACAAACAACUCCUUUAGGAGACCUUUCACCUUCAUCGAGACUGCCAGUCAAACUGCCACAGUCAUGUACUGUUACAGAGACUCGACAGAUAUUGCCUGUAACAGGUAUGUCGCCAACUGUUUCAACAAAAUCUGUUGCAGAAACAUCACAGAUAACGACAACUGUCGCUGAGACAAUGGAGACCGAAUCUUUUUCAGAAAUACCACGUACAAAUGUUUCAGGAACUCCACAGAUGUUGUCAUCAGCUACACUACCUGCAACUGUUUCAGGAACUUCACCGACAUUGUCAUCAGGGAAGUUGGCUAUAACAUCUGUUUCUGGAAUUGUACAGACAACAUCAUCAGGGUUACUGCCAACAACACCUGUGCCAGGGAUGUUACCGUCAUCGCCAGUUUCUGGAAUAUCACAUACUACACCAAUAUCGGGAUUCCCGCAUACAGCACAGAGUUCAGGAAUACCACAUACAACACCAAUUUCUGAAAUACCACAUGCAACACCAAUUUCUAGAAUACCACAUAUCUCACCGAUUUCUGGAAUACCACAUACAUCACCGAUUUCUGGAAUUCCACAUACAUCACCAAUUUCUGAAAUGCAACAUACCACACCUGAUAUCACAACACCAAUUUCUGGAAUACCAUAUACAUCACCGAUUUCUGGAAUACCACAUACAUCACCAAUUUCUGGAAUACCACAAACAACACUGAUUUCUGGAAUACCACAGACAACUCCGAUUUCUGGAAUACCACAGACAACUCUGAUUUCUGGAAUACCACAGACAACUCCGAUUUCUGGCAUACCACAGACAACACCUGUUUCUGCCCCUAUGUCAGGACUAGUACACACUCCAGUAACAGAAUUGUCAUAUACGGUACCGACAAUGUCCACACCUACAUCACCAUUGUCUACACCUGGUGUACAUCGGACAUCAACUAUAACAGCUCUUCAUGACCACACAUGUGCAGCACCUGUGGAGACGGAGGACCUGGGAAAAGGGCGUGGCAGGGCACCUAAAAGGAAGAGAGGGUUCAUACCAGAUGACUUCGGACUCAGUGUCAAACGUAGGAGUGCCAGGGUGAGAAAUGUUAGUAAACCGAAAGAAGAACCCAGUGUUAAUUUUGAAGAGCUCCUCAUCUCCUUCCUGCCAUCUAGUCUUAAACAAAAUAAUGAGGAUGAUGAUACCGAAAUGCUGGUGAUACAGGAACAGGAACAGUCAGUACAAAAUGGAGAAGAGAAGACUACAGGUGGUGAUACAGAGCCGAUAACAGAAGUACAGAAACUGACCACAACAGAAGAUACAGAGGUUAGAGAAUUCUUAAAACAGAACAUCAAAAACGGAGGAACAAUUUGUCUGAUGCUGCGUUACCUCUUUGCCUUGGCAAAACAUGGGGAUACUAAAUGGCCAUCAGGACUGACAGACAUAUAUCUGAAGGUUUAUAGUCGCACUAGAAAACACUUCGAUCUCCCGGACAUCUUCAGCUUGAGUGAUUCUGAGGAAUACACACAGAACUUGGGAAAGACAUGCCAGUUAGCAGCAGAAUUUCAGCUUGAUCAAUGGAUUGUGAAUAACAGACUGACCCUCUCGCCUGGUAGUUCUCCGAGGAGUCCAGGGUCACAGCAGUUGCAGACAUCUGACCUCCCCUCUCACUGUAACGAUGACCUCUGGUUCAUCACCGGACUGACAGGAUGUGGUGAGGUCAUGGGUUCAAACUGGCUUCCUCAUUGUAUUAGAGUGUAUUGGAUGAAGUCCCGGUUUUACAUGCUGCAAGGCAAAAUGGAUGAUGCCUUGUUUUGUUUCCAAAAGACUUUGGAGUACUUGGAGUAUAGUAAGAAACAAGGGGAGCCUGCCAGGAUAUGUCUUGUCAACUGUAAAAUGGACAGGAUCAUAGCUAUAGACCAGGUUAAGAGUCACCAGGAAUCACUCCACAGAUGUCAGUCACUGGAGGAGACACAGAAGCUGUAUGAGUCUGGGAACUAUGAGAAAGUGGUGGACUUUAUACUUCAAACAUUUACACAACCACAACUCAAGGGGAAGACGGUGGCAUUCAGUGCAGCAAUACCAGAGCGUCAGUCACAGCUGCUUCUUCUCCAGGACUCUCUCUUUAAGAUGGAGGCACACAAGAAAGGCAUGGUGUGGGGUGAGGUGUCAUUCAAUGAGGCUGUGCAGUGUUAUAAGAAGGCAACCAAUACAGAACAGAGGGAUGCCUGGAGUGUGACACUGUCCAAGAUCUGUCAGAACCUCAUCAGGAUUCUAGACAAAAAGGAGGAUGUUUUGAAAGAUGUUCCUAACAUCAAUCUUGUGAGACUGUCUAGAAAUUUAAUCAGCAUCAUUGACAUCACAAUGGCAGCUCCAGACAGUGCAGUUGAAAUGCCUAUAGGCACAGUGUUACCUUGGAUUCUCCUGUAUAAGUUAAUUAAAUUUGAGGAAGACAAGAUCCGAUCCAUGCAGGUAGCUACUCAAGAAGCUGGACAUGCAGACCUAUUGGACGGGAUGCCAUCUUACCUCAUGCUACUAAAUAUAGCACAUGAGUAUCUGGCUAGACAUAGUUGGUGUACAAAGUCAGAUGGGUCCCUGCUACUAUUCUAUCUAGACGUGGCCCAAAAAUUCUUCAGUGGGUCUUUUCAAUUCAAACACGACCUUGAACAAUCCUACGAACAAUGUGUGUAUUGCCUGUUUGGUCACCCUAACAAGAAGGGGCGUGCCCGUCAUCUGAUGGACCACAACGCUGCCCAGAUAGACCUCACAUGGGACAGUGCUCAGAAGAUCUUUGAGUACUUUAAACCCAAUUCUGUACCAGAGUUUGAUAGCUAUAAGGCAGACGCUGUGUCAGCAGAUGUUGAAUCCCUCCUGAAAAGAAUUGCACAGUUAGUUCCAGAUUCAGAAAAGCCCGCAAAACUGAUGGAAAAUUUGCAGGAUUACAUAGAGGGUAACACCAAUAUUCCACCUACACCUGACACCAAACAUCUGUCGACUGUUUCCAAGGAGUUGUACUACUUACUGGCCGACUACUAUUUCAAGAACAAGGAACAGGCGAAAGCAGUGCGUUUCUACAUGAGUGACAUUUGUAUGAAUCCUACACGUCUGGACUCCUGGGCAGGGAUGGGCCUCGCACGGAUGAGUCAAUUGGAACAAAAACUGAGUUCAACUGCCCUGAAAAUGGAUAUGCCCAUUUACCGGAAGUCUAUUGGAGCUCUUAGAUGUUUCCGGAGAGCUGUCGAAAUUGAUGAUUCUAAUGCCAAACUGUGGAUAGAGUACGGGUCACUAGCAUAUCAGCUGCACUCCCACGCCUCACGCCAACUUAAAUGGAAAAACUGGUUUCCAUUGACUGAGGAACUUGACCACAUUGCCUCAGACAGUCGACAGGAAAUGCUUCAGACAGCAUUUAACUGUUACAAGAAAGCAAGCGAGUGUGAGAGUGAUGAAAAUGAGGAAGAAUGGUUACAGCAUUAUAUGAUGGCGAAAUGCCUGGAAAAGAUGAGGAAACCUCCAAAGGAAUAUCUUGACCACUACAAAAAGGCAGCAGAAUACCUGUAUGAGGAGAAUGCUACAUUCCCCAAGAAGAUUGUCUAUGCCUACACUACCCCACACCUGGCUGUGGAAUCUCUCGAGAUUUUCUACCGUAUCCACGUGUCCAUCAUGAAGCUUCUGCUGAAGAACAAAACCAUACUGGAGUCGGACAUGCAGCUAUUUCAGCAUUAUAUAACCGAGGCAGCCAACAGUCCAUUUGCCCGAUGUCAGGAGAAACGACAGAUCACAUCCACUUUAGAUGGUUCAGUGUUACCUGUGAGUCAAGGAACUAAAUCAGGAGGAAAGAAGUCAAAGGUCAUGACAAUGGACCACACAUACUCUAAACAGAAAAAUACAGUAGAUGGUUCUGGCACUGACCCAACAACUUCUGAUCUUGACCAGGCCAUGACCUCCAAACCUGGUGCUAUGGUUACACACAGAGAGGUCAAGGUUAUUGAUUCCUCUAAAGCUGCUGGGAGCAUGAUGGAAUUAUCUGCUGAAAAUCUUGAUGAACAUUUGACUAAAUCUGUUGAAAAGGAUCCGGAGGAAGUCAGUUCGAGUGUGGCUAAGGAAAAGUCAGCUGAGCAAGGUCAAGGUGACACGGCUGUUGAUGUAUCUGAGGGGGAUUGUUUUUUCUUAGAUGAAGUCACUGGCAUUGUAAAACAAACUUCCUUUGGUUUUGAUGUGAAGGGGGAGUCACAAACAAUGGAUAAAGGUGAUGGCGCUAAUAUAAUGAAAGAAACCAAAGAGAAACCGGCUAACAAGACUAAUGAUAAAUCUAUGGAGGUGUGUAAUACGGAAGACAAAUCUAGUGAUAAUGCCAUGGAUGUGUCUGCUACAGAGGACAAACUCUUAUCUGAAGACAAACUGGACGAGAAAUACUUGGGGAAAGAUGAUGAUUCUCUGUCCAAGUUGGAUGAAGAUGCUUUAUUGUCGGACUCCUUACCACAAGACCGAGAUAUUCAGACGUCUGGUGAAGAUAAAAAAUCACAUGACAUCAUUUCACAGGACAAAAGUCCUGAUACCAAGUCUAGUCCUCACAAGGAAGCAGAUGUUGAUGGACAGGAGGAUGAGAAAUCCUACCAUUCAGAUGUAAGGGAAUUAAGUCAAGGAAACGAGAGUAUGGAAUCUGAGACGAGGCAAUAUGGUGACAUGAACCUGCCCGAGGACCAGGAGGCUGGACCACCCAUUGACCCCAGUGAGUUAUCCCUAUCCAAGGGACUGCGGGAGAGAAUGGCCCAGGAAUUAGAGGGCGAUCUCAUGUCAAAAUCUGAGCAAGGCCCAUCAACGGAAGGCUUGGAAACCGACUCCAAGAGUAGGAAGGAUGAGAAAUCUGAAGACAGCCUUUUUGAUGAUGAAGAAUUGGGAGAAAGUUUGGAUGAUUCUUUCUUGUCGGAUUCUUUUGACUCCAUCCCUGAUACACUGGGCUCACCUUCCAGAUCAGUUGCUGAUUCCUUGUCAAAAUCUGGUGAUUCUUUAUCAAAGUCUGGUGGAUUUUUGGCUCAGUUUAACCAGUUCUUAUCAAAAAAUAUUAUCCCUGAUGAUAUAAUAUCAGAAAGUUCACCAGAGAAAAGUCUGAGUUCACCCAUGAAAGCAUCAAGGUCACAGUCACCCUCGUCCCAAAUUUUAACAUCAGACGCCGAUACUGGACUGAAGGUUAGCUCACAGCAAGACACUAUUAGCACUGUGAGUGUUAAGGAGGACCUGACAUCUCUUUCUUCUUACCUUAGCUCAAAGCAGUCAACACAACAUGAAUCAACCAAUCAGAAUCAGGAUAACAAUGACACAGAGGACAAAUAUUUUGAAACAGUGUCAGCCAAUCAAAAUUUAGAUAAGAAAGAACCAUUAUCAGUGGAAGAGAAGCUUAAAGAUGAUAAACAGACAAUGGAGAGUGGAGUGAAUGAAGUUGAAGGUAAUAUGGAGGUUGAUCAGAUUAAAGAUUUGGAUGGUGGAAAGAAGGAGGAUAGUGGGGAUGCCAGCGUUAACAAAGAAGAGGAAACCAUGGCCAUUUAUAAAACAGGGAAUUCCUCACAGAAUCUGGGGAAAAGUGAUGUAAGUUUGGAAUCUAGAACCAGCCAAAGAGUGGACGAUGAGAAAAUGGAUGUUACUGAAUCCACAUCCAGUCUAGGACAAAAAGUAGACAAUGACAAAAUGGAUAGUAAAAUCUGCCAAGGACAAAAGAAAGGGGAUGAGACUAUGGAUGAAGGAAAGAUAUUGACAACAAUGAACAAAGAACAAAAGACUGACAAUGUAAAUAUGGAUAUAAGUAAUACAAUAUCUACAGACAAGACAGGAAAAAAGGAUGUCGAUGAGAAAAUGGAUGUAGGAAAGAUAGUGACAACAAUAAACCAAGAACAAAAGGCCAACACAAUGGAUGUUAGUAACACAACAACAACAACAGACAAGACAGGGACAAAACGAUGUCGGUGAGAAAAUGAUGUUAACAACAGCACUGACCAUCAGAAGUCAAUGACUGAUGAUGUUAAUACUGUAAUUAGUUCAAAGUCUGAAUCAAAAGAGGAUGUGACAUUGGCAAAGGAAACAGUAGUUAAAUCUAAGGAUGGAGAAGGGAUCACCCCAUUAGUAGAUGGAAAAAGUGCUUCAGACGGUCUCAAAGAUAAAAACACAAAUGAAAAGGAGAGUAGCAAAGGGGUAGGAGAGGGUGUGAAAAAGGGAGUUAAAAAAGACAAAACAGGCCCGGAAAACACCAAGGGUAAAGGCAGUGACAAGCCAGGGAGUUCUAAGAUGCACAAACAGCUGAUAGAGCAGUGUAUGGCAGCCCUGUGUUUGUGCCUGGCACGUUUCCCUACCCACUACAAGGCAUUGUACAGACUGGCCUACACCUAUAUCCAUUCUCCAUACCACAAGAAUUUGCAGUAUGCCCAUGACCUAUUGCUGGGCAACCCUGACUGGAAAAUGAUGGCACACAUGCCCGCCCAGGGUCUGUUCGUAGACAGGAAACCAAACAACUUCUUCCAGGGUGUGUGGAAGAUUCCAGUAGAUGAGAUUGACAGGUCUGGCAGCUUCCCCUCACACCUGACUCGAUCAGUCAAGCUUCUUCUCAAGGUUCUCAAGGAACAGAAGGAUGUGCCCAAGCUGCAUAGUGUCUUUCUCCAGCUCAACAGAGAUCCAGACCCCGGAAAAAAAUACAUGCGUGAUGCGGAGAGGGUAAAGUUUGCACGUCUGGCUCACCAGUACUGUCUUGAUGCCAUCAGAGGACGCCUGCCAGAUCUUCGUCGGUCUGAGAACCACACAAAGGCAGUAAAAUGUCUGAUGGAAGUGUAUAAGGUCUACAAUUACAUCUCCUUUAAGAUGGAUAUCAGUCAAACCAUUGAGGCUAAUGAACUGCUGGAGGACACCUUCAGUGCUGUCAUGGGCAAAAAGGUACUGGAUGAUGAGGAGGUUCUGGAACAGGCUAUCCGCUUUUGUCAGGAGGAGGUGCAGCGCCACAAAGCUAGACAAUACCAACCACCUGCUGGGAAACCUGUCAUGGACACAUCUGGAAAAGAUGGGAGUCAAUCAGAUUCCUCCUUUUUCUCACCUGAGAAACCAGUUUCCAUACCUGCUAAAAUGGGAGGUCAGAAUCCAGGUGUAUCAGUGAUGGCUCAAGGAUCUAAGGUAUUGGAGAAGGAAAAGAAAGGUCCUAUUUCCCCAUUUCAGCAGAAUUCCUACAAAACCAUAUCAGGACCUGAUUCAUCUAUAGGAAUUGUGAAACAACCAACAGGAAAGCCUGGAAGCCAAGGGUUAGGACAAGGGAAAACAACUGUCAGUGGUAUAUCAAAGAUUAUGCAGAAGGCUUCUCCCACUACACAGAAACCUAGUGUGAUUUCCACAGUAAAGGCAAACAUUCCCAUGGAAAGAUUUGUGGGUGAAGCAAAAAGCAAAUCCCUACCAGUAAGUGGGAAAGGAGCUUCUGGUUUUAAGCCAUAUAAUCCUAAGGAUUCAUCAGGACUCUCUCCUGUUAUUACUCCAGUCACACCCCACAUUGGGCUCUCCCCAAAGUUUGAUUUCAGCAAGAAAGCUGAUCCACCUACAUCUCAACCUGUCAAAAAAGUUAUAGAAGUAAUCGAAAUUUCAUCAUCUGAUGAUGAAAGUGAUGUUAAGACAAGUAGUGGAGAUAAAAGUAAGGGUGUCCUUCCAGUAGCUAAGGGAAGUAGUCCGGCCCAGAAAGGUGCAGCACGCAUUGAAACUGGCGGGAGCAUUGGCCCAACCCAGAAAAGUGAGAACUUACGAACCUUACUACAGGGUGGAGAAUAUCAGGCCAUACCCCAACCCAGCAUUAUAGGCCCAGGAGGCAAAGGUGCUGUACAACCAAAGGGAGGUAACUUACCUACGCAAAGACCAUAUCCAACUGGAAUAGUGUACAACAAGGGAUCCAAAGAUUCGCUAGGUAAUCGGACAAAACCGUUACAGAGACCAGUGAUUGCAUCAGGUGGACAAAAGGGAAAUAACUCUACUGGACAUAAAUUUGCUCAGCCCACCUUCACAGGAACAUCCUGGAUAUGUAAUGUAUGGAGCAAAGGUUAUGACACCAUCACAACAACAGAAACCUUCUCCAUCCUCACAGGAGAGUAUAACAGAUGAUUCUGACUUAUCAGAGAAAGAGGACAAAACAUAUGAACCGUCUGACGAGAGCAGUAGUGAUGAAGAACAGUUUGGUCAUAAGACUGUUAAAGGAAAGUCUCAGUCCUCCCCUCAUUCUGCUGGAAGGUCGUCAAAAUACAAUGUACAGGUAGCAACGUCCCUCCAGGACAUUGAACCGAUCCGUAUACUCAAUGCUGAGACAGGACAAAUAGUAGACUCUGAUAGUCAGAAAAGUGACCUAGUUACUGACCCAGAAAAACUGUUCUUUGAUGUCAAAGAUUGGCUGGAAGAUUUGUGAAUGUGAAACAACACCUAACUAUGUAAAUUAUCAGAUCAUGUUUAUUAUCAAUCACCGAUAUGUACGAAUGAAAAGUGCUGACAGUGAGUGGGGGCAAAAUAGUGCUGUUUUAAUUUAUCAUGAUCCAUGGUACCACUUUCACUGGUGGCCUGAAGCUGUUUUAACAAAAACAUUCAAGUGAAAUUAAUAUGUACCUUGGAAAUACAAUGGCUGAUCUCAAUAAAUAUACAGUGUUACUGAAACAGCA